UUUUUUUCCGGAUCAUAUAAGAUAAAUGCAUAAUAAUAGUAAUUGGGGAGAUCAAUGCCCAAUAGAGGGAAAAAAUAGAAAACAUUAACAGAUUACAUUUUUGGACCGUUGCUUCACAACGCUCCAGUGUCCAAAUACAAAUGGCAAUAUAACUUGGGCCCCGCUUUUCCUGAAACUGGAGCGGGAUAUGAUUAAACUCCUAGUACUGUGCGUAGUAUAAAAUCAGUACCACGUAACUUGUUUCGCUACACAAAUCAAAGUGCAAAAUAUCAAGAUUAUAACUUUUAAGCAAAUGGGAGUGGCAAGGGAUAAGCUAUCAUCACAUUGGUGGUGGUUUAACAGGAACAAGAAUAACACCCAAAACCGGUCGCCGUGGCUUCAAUCAACUCUAGCCGAACUGGAUGAGAAGACAGAGGCAAUGCUCAUGAUAAUUGAGGAAGAUGCAGAUACCUUCGCCCAAAGAGCGGAAAUGUAUUACAAGAAGCGACCACAGCUCAUUAACAUGAUGGAGGAAAUUUAUCGUGCCCAUCAGUUGUUAGCUGAGGGAUAUGAUCAAAUCAAGCAUACAACUGAGCCGCGCAUUUUAGCAUCGUGGCAGUCUCCAUUGCCUUUCACAAAAUAUCCAGAGGACAAAUUGAUCAACUCUAUGGAGAAAGCCUAUGACAGCUAUUCAGAAUCCUUUGACCCUGAAUCGGAGUCUUCUGAUCUAUCAGAGAUCGAGGAUCCUGAUAACGACGAAGAAGAACUCCAAAUCCCAGUACAGAAGGCGAAAGUGGAUGUAUCAAGUGGCCUUAGCCUUAAAACUGAUGAAGUACCGAAUCUGAGGGAGGAAAUUGAGAUACUGAAGGAAGAGAGUAGAGUUCAACAAGAGCUUCUAAUGCAGAAAGAUGAAGAGAAAAGAGAAGCAAUCAGACAGCUUUGUAUAGCUUUAGAUUUGCUGAGGGAGGAAAACAAUAGGCUGAGGAUGAGCGUAGCUACGACUUCUCCGAAAAAGGAAAACUCCAUUGAGCUCAAGGCAUCAAAGAAGGGGUUCUGGAAAAGGCUCUUUAGCUGAUCUCCUAAAUCAGAGUCUGCAAUUGUUACUAAAUGCAACUGAUCAAGUACUAGUAAUUUAGCUAGAAUAUGUAGAAAGACAUACUCAAAAAUUAUACUUCAUUUGUGUAGUAUUAUACCUCAGAAAUUAUUCUUGAUAUUCUUUAUAGUAUAGCAAAAUUGACAUGUAU